GCUGCACUGGGUCACGUGAUGCCGUAUUAGCUCGCUGACUCUGCUAUGUUUGUCGUUUGUCGGAACGUUUUAGAAAUGAGAACUUUUUCACCGGUUCCGGUCCAUCGGUGCCCCGGGACGCCCUUUAGCCGCUCAGAGACCCGUUUUCAUCGACGCCGGACGAGGAGUUCGAGGGUAAAAACGCCCGCUGUUGGCCUGCACGUCACGUGACCAGCAUGCGGCUGAGCGUUUGAUAAAAGAUGGCGUGAGCGCGAGCGCGGCGGAGCGGAGAGGACAACACAUCUGAAGUAUCGAGCGUGAGGCACAGCGCGAGACACGGCGGUAGUUAACCCGUCAGGUGAGAUGAUUUCAGCUUUGAGAGCGUAUUUUGGCUUUCUUUCUGUUACUUUUAUCUAAAACUUCAGUUUGUGUGGGUUUUGUGGCGUAAAUGUACGAAUUUAACGCUCAGACUAGCCGCUCGUGCUACGUUAGCUUCAGACAGCGAUGACAGUGCGCGCGAGGGUGCCGUCAACAACACCGCAGCACAGUCAGGGUGUAGUUACCUCACCCAGGUACAUUUGGAGGAGGCUGGGAAGGACACGCGUUGACACCUGGAUGAGUUUAAGCUCGUGAAAUAGUCACUAUUUAAACUGCGUAAGUUUGUUAUGUAAUUAAUGAGUAACUUAAUGAGCACGGGCGUAAUCAGCUAGCUAACAAGUCGUUGCGUUUCAGUGUUAACAGCGUGUUCGUUAAUAUCAAACUCUACGAGAAAGAAAGUUAGAAGAAAAAUAACACUCUUAAACAACGAUUAAGGUUUUAUUUUAGCUCGUAUGUUGUGUUUAGGACCAACUGACAUUUGUGACAAGUCUCCGUGGUAACCGUUACUUCACAGUUACGGCAGGGAUAUUUUUAUUUCUUAACAUUUUGCUGAUCAAGACUCGCGUGUUUUAAAGUAAUUUGGCAUUUCGGAGAUUUAAAAACAGCAGUUGACUUCAAUAUAUCUGACAUUAAAACGAAAGUGUCUUUCAGUUACAGUAAGUAUACGUUAGCUUUCUGUUGUUAUGCCGCAUUCAAGUGCAGCUUAAAUACGCGGAAUUCUCAGUUUUGAAGGCGAGGUAUUUGUUUUGAAAGCACCAUUCACACAGAGAAGAAUUUAAACUAUAAGAUACUUAAACAGUAUCAAAAGAAACGUGAAUUUAAGUAAUCAUAUACUUGUCUCGUCGAUUUGGUUAAAUAAUUUAAUAUCUGUUAAAUAACUUUCUGAUGCCAACAUCGUGCAAAAUUACAAAUUCUGUUUUCUACACGGUUUUUAAGUUCUACAUUCCAUCUGUAACUGAAAGCUCUUUAAUAGUUCUUUAUGAUUAUUCUUUUCACUCCUCAAUUAGUAUUACUUAUUCGCUUUUAUUUACUGUAUACUCUUUUUUCCGAUUAUUUCGUCAGUGCCUGAACGCAGCAUUAGCAAAGAUCACAGCUAGCUUGGCUGUGUCACCCUGGUCCAACCAGGCCAGUUUAGCUGGUGUAACAGCCGCAAGUCAUGUGCACACUAACUGCUCUGCACAGUAAACUGUUCGUGGUUUAAAAUAUUUGGUUCUAUGAUAUAUUGUAGACGCUGUUUGUUUAAAUUAAAACCACCCAGAGGGGCUAAGACGCUGUCGGGGGUGGAAGGACCAGGAAGCUGCACGUACCGAUGUAGGGCAGAGCUAACACGUGUCUUGUUUUGGGUCACUUUGGAAUAAGUCUGUGACCUGACCUGGUGUGUAGACAUUGCUGUUAGUCUUUUUUUUUUCUUUUAUUGAGCAGUAAAUAGAUGAAGUGACGCAAUUUAAAGUUAGUGCUGCAUGUUUUUGUUUCAUUUUCACUUCUGCCGGUGUAAAGUGUACGACAAGAAACGGUGAAACUGAAAUGAUCUUGCCACCUUUAAGUUGAUUGAGUUACACAUGUGGAGGGGAACCAAAUGGUUUUAUUUAAAAUACUUAAAAACUCGCCAUUGAUUAACUCUUUUCUGCGUAAACAGUGCUGAAAAUGUUGUUUCCAUUACACAUGUGCUCCAACAUGUGGCUCUGACUGUACUAACUGUUUUUUUUGUUUAUCAAUAUUUUUCUGAUCACAUUAUUUCUAUUGCUACAUCACUGCUGUGUCUGAAUACAGGGUAACAUUUAAACAGUUGAAUACAUCUAUGUGCUUGUAUAUAUAAUUAGCCACAUGUGGAGUAUGAUGUUGACUUAACCAGGGUUGUCUUGGGGAUGAGAUCCCGUGUCUCCGUGAGAUUUCAUUUUAAACUAGAUUUUAAGUAAAAAGUAAGACAAAUGAAAUAGCUCAAACUGAGAAAUUUCGGGUGCAAAAUUUUACAUUUCAUAAGCUACCUUGUGAGAACAGGCACCAUUGAUCUAGAGCUCUCAAGCCGAUGGUAGAAGAGCAUUCCAAUAGUUUGAUUAAUUGCUUUUUUAAUUAUGUGUUAUAAAUUCCUUUGAUUUGCACUUCAAAAUAGUUUUUCAGUCUGAACAUUGGCGAAACUGCUCCUACUUGAGUCCUUGUGUGGGAAUCAAAUGAAUACAAUCUGAUGUUCUUUUUCAUUUAGAUGUUUCUAGAUUUACUAUUCAAAGACAUGCUGCACUGCUACACUAGUGAGGUCCAAAACUACAACUUUGAGGCAGUAUCUUUAAAGAGCUUAUUCACUCAAGUAAUGGUUUUAUUUAUGUACUUAUUUAAAGGGAUAGCACUGUUAUUUAUUGACACCUAUGCAAGGCUGUAGUUAAAAAUGUCUAGUCAGUGUCAGUUCGAUGUGCAGUUAUACUGAAAGAGUUUUGAUAACUAACUGAAUUCCAGUGGUCCCUGGUUAGUGCAACAGCAUUUGUACUUCUUAGGAGUUGUAGUUGUUGUUGCUUCAUUUGUUUCGUACUGGUCCUGUAUGUGUUAAACUAUCUCUGUGCCAAUCUGUGGACAUAGCUUAGCUUUAUUCAGAGCGUUCUCAAAGUGAGAAUUUGAUAAAUGAGUGGGUCAAUUAGUAUCAUUUUUUAAAUUAAUGCCAGAGGUCUGCACAUUUGAGGAAAUUUAACUUCAUUGUUUUGUCUUUUUUCUUGAAAUUAAUGUCAAAGUUAUUGAUUUUACCAUCUCUGUUUAUUAUCUGUUAGUCUGAUGUCGUCUUUCCUUCAUUGUUGUGUAGCUGUAUCUUCUUAUUUCCGAAUGAAUUGGCUCUGUCUGCUCAGUACAUGAUCAUUUUUAACAGCAGAAUAUAAAUGUUUGUGUUGCAGAUGGAUCCUGGACAGGACUUACUUCUCGCUGCCCUCAGUGAGAGUGGCAUUUCUCCAAAUGAUAUUGGCCUAUUUGAUGUUGAUUCUCAGGAUGUUGCACAGGCUUCCACAGCCCAGCAAGUAAGAUGGUCUUUGUUUAUCUUUAUAAUGGAGCAAGGAUGUUUAAUUCAUAGCUGUUUGUUAAUGGUCUAUUUUAUGGUCUUCCUCCAGUCCAUCUCCAUCAGCACCCUGGAUACUGGUGUGGGUACAGAGUCCAUGGAAGCUGUUCGAGCAGAGCCCCCAGCUCCUGUCCCGAUUGUUGCUAUCAGAGUAAGAUUACAAAAAUUUUAUUAUGAUUUAUUGAUAUCAGAAACAGGUAUCAAUUCAUGGUGUGUUUUAAAACCCACUUUUUAUCUUCUCCCCUCCAGCACAAACCUCAGCCAUCAACCACCACGUUUGUCUUAAAUCAGCUGAACCAGUUACCGUCACUUGGAUCUGUUGUGACCAAACCAUCAGCCACAAACAACAUCAAACACACCAUAACAGUCACCAAGGUGGUUCAUGUUACUAACUCAGCCCUCAGAGGUUCACCCACUCCCUCCUCCACAACUAUCCCCCCCUCAGUGUCCACAGUUGUGCCUUCCAACAGAGAUCAGGUAAGUUUUGGUCACACAGUGUUGGGAGGUUGUCACAGGAUGGAAAAAAAAGAGUUUAAUCACAUUUUCUUCAUUUUAUUUUUAUUUUUUUAUAGCAAAUUCAGUUAAAAGACCUUCUGAGGACCAGCAGUGUGAAGAGCACCGGUCUCAAGGGUAGCAGUCUUAUGGAGCUCAUGAAGCUAAAGCCUCCACCUGACAUUGCUACACCUGUAGCCACGGCAACAGCAACAGGUAUUUAAUUCACCUCUUGAUGCUAUAAAAACUGCAUUUAUUUUUGUCUUUUUUUGUGUCCUUCAUACUUUGUAAACACUUGUGUCUUACAUUGGAGUGAUGAUUAAAAACACGAGUUCACCUGACGUCUGAUUAAGCAGAUUUUUAAGCUCAAAGCUGUAGCGUUUGAUGUCAGUCUCUAAGGUUUCGUGUUGAUUUAUACAUUGUAUUUUUGGAGUUACUUGGUGAUUUAUUAAGUAUUGAUUUUUGAAGGUGCAAAUCAUGUAGAAAGCAUUUGAGAGUUUGAUGUGUGUGAAGCCAAAGGAAAAACAUUUUCUGUGUUUAUUCUAAAGAAAAGAUGCUGCUGGAUGGAGAAAUGAGUGACUAAAUUCAUCUGUGCCAUUAAUACCAAUGCAUUUACGUUUGACUGAAACAUUUAAAUAGUUUACAGGCAGAUUUGUUCAAAAAUUGAUUUUUGAUUUCUGCAACUACAUAGUUUUAGUUUUAUGAAUUCUGACAAUUCACCAGAAACAAAUCAUUUCAUUCAUGAAGUAGUUAGUUAAAACGGAAGGCCCCCAGGACAGAGUCUUUACUGUGUUUGUUAUAUGUGUUUACGUGGACUUGAGUAUCCAGUUUUGAGUGGAUUUUUAAAGUGCCUCAUUGUCGUGUCUGUGCACAUAAACAUCUCAUUAAAAAAAUAACUCGUUUUGCUGUCUGGACAAUAAAUGGGAUACUGUGGCACACAUAGCCACCCCUCACCCUGGUUUCUGACAGCUGUCGGCUGUAAUGUAUCAGCAAAACAAACAUCGCAGCAGCUUUGAGUUAUAAAAGAAUUAGUCAAAAAAGGAAAUUUAUAUGCGUGUGAGUAAAUCUACAUGAUGAUGACAACUCUGUCCCACCAAUCAUGGCUGUCCAUCUUCACUCCCUUGUGUAAUGUAGUGGCAGUGACAGACUUGAACCAGUCAGUUGAGGACACAUGUAUUAGUCGCUGUCACUCUCUUCUUCUCCAGUUGCGGGAAAUGAGGAGUAAACGCCACAUCUGCAACACCAUGCUGGCAUGUAAAAGCCUUCCAUAAACCACAGCACUCUCAUUUUUCUAAUUUUUCUCAGAUUUGAACAUCCCUGCAGUUUGUGUUGUAAAAUAUAAACAUCACAGGCGUCUAGGUGAAUAAGAUGAGUAUUUAUCAUGUAUACAGGGAUGUGAAUAACCAGCUUUCUCUGUGCAUUCAAGUGUUCAUGUCCCAAUAUGAUCAGAACUGGGAUAAGGCUCAAAAGAAGGAUACCUGUCUAUGUGAACACUACAUUUUUGGUCUAAGGAGCAGUCGUGAUGAGAAAAUGCAGAGAUAUUUAUCAUUAAAGAAACAAAGAGCAAAUAAACAUUAAUCCCUCACAGGCUUGAAACUUUUACACCAAUUCUUUAUCUUGAAGACAAAGACCACAAAGGGUCUGCAGUGAACAGUGCUUUUAAGAGAAUAAAUCAGGGCUUUUUUUGCAACCUUGUCCUUUUCAACAAUCUUCAUCCUCAAACACUAAGAGACCAAGUUAAGAAGUCCACCAAUCACCAAUAUGUAUUUGGUGAUAAAAGUCUGUUUUAGAGUAAAUGCUGUGUCUCUUAAAUUCAUCAUAAAAUCCUCUGAAUUGUUAUUUUGCAGACAAAGGACUCAGAGCUUCAGUAGUCUUUUUUCUUUUUCCAAAGCUGAUGAACUUUCAAAUGAACAUUUGUGAAUAAUGGGAAACUGUCAGACUUAACACAUCAUGUCUCUGCUGGUGUUUCAGCUGAAACAAACAACGGCAUCAAGAAGGAGGUUUUGGGGAGAGACGCUGCCAGGAUCUGGAUAAACGACAACACUAAAGUGCAAAACUUUACACAUAUUCUGGUGAGUACCACAACAUUAACUCGGGGAGAUGAUCCCUGACAAACAAUAAGCACGGUUUGGUUCAGGUGAUGAUGAAAAGUUCAGGAAUAUUGUAAAAACUGGUCUCAUUAUGUCAAUCAGAAACCUCCGGGGAUGAAGGAGGAGGACGAGCCUGAGGAGGAAGAGGAGGAGGAGUUGGGCCAUGCAGAGACUUAUGCAGAGUACAUGCCCAUGAAAUGUAGGUAUCACUCACUACUGUUUACAGUACAAUGAUGGCGUUAUUGAAAAGAAAUGGUCCUUAACCCUGCAAAGAACCUGAAGCACACAUAUCCCUGAAUACUGAUAAUCAGGACCACACCCAAGUUUAUUGAAGAGCCACGUAUGUUUGGGAGACUUUCCCAUGUCCAUCCAUCCACUGUGAAAACAAGUGACUGAAUUUUUUUCCUUCUGGCCAAUCACUUUGCAGUGAAGGUCGGCCUUCGACAUCCAGAUCCCGUGGUGGAGACCAGCUCCCUGUCCAGUGUCAGCCCCCCUGAUGUUUGGUACAGACUGUCCAUCCCAGAAGAAGUGAUUGAUCGAGGCUGCCUGUCAGCUCUGCAGCUGGAAGCAAUCACAUAUUCAGCUCAGGUGAGAAGGAGUUUCAGAAUAGUGUGACAAUCAAUAUUAGUAAGCUGAGAAAAUAGGGAAAAAAGCAAACGCUGAGGUUAGACAAAGCUCAAACAACUUCAAAGAUGCAUAUUAUCCAGAAUGAAUUUCCAUUAAGGACUGGAAUUGAAUCCAAUUGAUUGGGAAGGCUUUUUAAUGGUUAGUGCCUAAAACUUAAUAAUAAUAAUAAUAAUAAUAAUAAUAAAGAGCAUUUUUGAUCUAAUAUUUUUGUCUCUCAGCAACAUGAAACAUUCCUCCCUGGUGGUGAUCGGGCUGCUUACCUAAUUGGAGAUGGAGCUGGUGUUGGGAAAGGCAGGACCAUCGCAGGGAUCAUCUAUGAGAAUUACCUUUUAGGCAGGAAGAGAUCACUCUGGUAAAUAAAUACCAACUAUUAGCCUUGAAAUCAAUUCUGACGCCCCCAGGAUUACACUUCCUGACCUGUCUUCUCCUCUCUCUGUUGUUCAGGUUUAGUGUCUCCAAUGACCUCAAGUAUGAUGCUGAAAGGGAUUUAAGGGAUAUAGGAGCAAAAAACAUCCAAGUCCACUCACUCAACAAGGUGAGAUGCUUCAAAAAUACAUAAAUGCAAACACCGGCGUCAGAGAGACAAACCGUGACUCAUUUUACUUUUCUAUCCACAGUUCAAAUAUGGUAAAAUUUCCUCCAAACACAACGGGAGUGUGAAGAAAGGAGUCAUAUUUGCCACCUACUCUUCGUUGAUCGGAGAGAGCCAGUCAGGAGGGAAGUACAAGACCAGAUUUCAGCAGCUUCUCCACUGGUGUGGAGAGGACUUUGAUGGAGUCGUAUCCUUUUCAAAGGGAACAUUAUGCUGAAUCAUUUUUAUUUAAUAAGCAAUGAGCUUUCGAUUUAGUAAAUGAGACUGUACUUGUUGGGCUAAAUAGAAUGAAAGAGAUUAAAACAAGGUACCAGGCUGUUGCUUUGGUUCCUGGCAUCAUUCUAAUCCUAAAAACGGCCUACAGUGUUCUUACAUGAAAUUCAGAAAACAACUGACUGAUGUUAUCACCAGAACCCUCCUUACACCUCCGUAAGAAAUGAGUUUCUGUGAUUAAAGGUUGGUAAAAUCACAAAAUAGUAUUAUUUUACAAAGUUUUUUUUUUAUUCCCUUAACCAAAAGUGUUCAGAUCGUCUUUGAUGAGUGUCAUAAAGCCAAAAACGUUUGUCCUGUUGGAUCAUCCAAACCUACGAAAACCGGGCUCGCAGUGUUGGAACUGCAGAACAAACUCCCAAAGGCUCGAGUCGUUUAUGCAAGUGCUACAGGUGAGGACAUGUUUUUUUUUUUUUUUUUUCCAAAACAAUCCAACUUGUUUUCAACUUGUCUGGAUUUGGGUAAAUCAGUAAAAAAUGUUGAUGUCACUCUCAAGGUGCCUCUGAACCACGAAAUAUGGCCUAUAUGAAUCGUCUCGGUAUCUGGGGACAUAAAACACCCUUCAGAGAAUUUGGCAACUUCAUCCAAGCUGUUGAGCGCAGGUAAGUUUCUCUCCUACGCAGAAAAUGUAGCACAUAUCCAAAAGUGUGAGGCUAAAAUGUGCCCAACAUGUUUUUUUUUAACACUCUAUUUCAGAGGUGUGGGCGCCAUGGAGAUAGUGGCGAUGGACAUGAAGCUGAGGGGGAUGUAUAUCGCGAGGCAGUUGAGUUUUACGGGUGUAACCUUUAAGAUCGAGGAGGUUCCCCUGAGUAAUAAAUACAUCAACAUGUACAACAAAUCAGUGCAGCUGGUAAGUUAAAGGAGAUAGAUCUGCAUUUCAAGAUCAUCGCUGCCGUUCUUUAUUUGUUUCCAGUCAAUAAAUAGAUUUUUCUCUUCUGCUUCUCUAGUGGGUGACUGCCCGAGAAAAGUUCCAGCAGGCAGCCAACCUGAUGGAGGCGGAGCAGCGGAUGAAGAAGUCCAUGUGGGGCCAGUUCUGGUCUGCUCACCAGAGGUUCUUCAAGUACCUUUGCAUCGCCUCCAAAGUCCGCAGAGUGGUCCAGCUGGCGAGAGAGGAGGUCCAAAAUGGGAAGGUUAGGCUGGUUCUUGACAGAACUGUUUAUAUAGAAAUGAUCUCAGUUUGUGCCUCAGCCUGUUAUUUUAAUGUGUGAUGGAAAAAAAGGACUCCAGUCUGGUGAAUAGAAAUGGAGUAAAGUAGAAUAAGUGGUUUAUACAAAGGUGUGAAUAAAUCAGGGUAUGACAGGGCAGUUAGGCAGAUUUAAGAGACAGUUAAGAGUCCUCUACUUUCGUCACACGUGUGUUUAUGUUGUUGAGGUUAAAUUAAACAGUUUUUGUUUGUCUCUGACUCUUAAAUACAUCUUAAUAACAGGUGUUUAAAUCCCCCUGUGAAACCCUCUGUGUCUAAAAUACUGAAACGGUUUCUCUGCAGUGUGUGGUGAUCGGUCUUCAGUCCACUGGAGAAGCUCGAACACUCGAGGCCUUGGAGGAAGGAGGAGGAGAGCUCAACGACUUUGUGUCAACUGCCAAGUAUGCGCUGAUAUAUAAAUAUAGAUAUUUAUGCUAACAGGCUAAUGUUUGUGUGUCUCAAUAAUAAAAUGUUGUUGCUGUUGUUUUUACAGAGGUGUGCUGCAGUCCCUGAUUGAGAAGCACUUUCCAGCUCCUGACAGACAGAAGCUCUACAGCCUGCUGGGUAUUGACCUCUCAGCCAAGAAGACUCCCUCUCCCAGUGAGGCUGCAGCAAAGCCAGAGCAGAAGGGCAAGAAGAGGAAAGGUGAUAAACGUUUGGAGCUGAUACUGCUGAACAGCUUUAACAAAUUCAGACUUCCUCCUUGUUUUAAACUUUUUCUUUGUUCUCUUGUCGUCUCUUCAGGUCCAGAGGCCAAAAAGCAGCCGAAGAAAAAGUCGCGUAAACACGGUGGUUUGUCAGGAACGAGCUCGGACGAGAGCCAGUCAGAGGAGUCGGACAGAGAGUCGGGUAAAGACAGUGACGACAGCUUCAAGUCUGUCAGCUCAGGGGAUGAAGACGACGACUUCAACCCAUUCAGAGAUGAAUCUGAUGAAGAUGAGGAAGAUGGUGAGGCAUCUGAGGGAGAAUAAAUGAAGCUAUUUUUAAGAUGAGUUUGGUUUUCACAGAAAACCUCUUUGUCUUAGAUCCAUGGCUCAUCAGAAAAGAACCAAAGAAAGGGAAAGAGAAGAAGAAGAAAAAGAGGAGGAAGAGUAUCGAUCCAGACUCCAUUCAAAGUGCCUUGUUAGCCUCGGGGCUGGGCUCCACCAGGCCUGCUUUUACAGCUCCAGUUAACCCUUCCAGCACACCUGCCCCAGGUAAGCACAUUGCACAAGCCUGGUUUGGCUCUGAUUUCGCCUCUUUGGGGUUAAUGAAUGUGCUGCUGUUUCUGCUCACUCUUCAGUCAAGGCAGAGAGUCAGGACAGCUGCAUAACAAGUCAGGACGCAGUGGAACAGGCCCAGCAGAUGAAGAGAAAGCUGCUGGAAAAACUCGAGGAGCUGGCCGAGGAUCUGCCCCCCAACACUCUGGACGAGCUCAUCGAUGAGCUGGGAGGUCCUGAAAAUGUGGCUGAGGUAUGGAAACGUGUAAUCUCUGAUCUGGUCAAUUAUCAGUGCUUCUGGACUUUUUACCUGACCUCUUGACUCCGCCUCAGAUGACCGGCCGCAAAGGCAGAGUGGUCAGCAACGACGACGGCAGCAUCACGUACGAGUCUCGCUCUGAGCUGGAUGUCCCCGUGGAGAUCCUCAACCUCACAGAGAAGCAGAGGUUCAUGGAUGGAGAGAAGGUGAGGGCAGACUCUUUAAAUUCAUAAGCUGACUCAGCUCUUGAACCAGUUCAGGAUUAACAUGUUUAAGCCCAAAGAGGCGUGUUAUUUGUUGAACUAAAACUGAAAAGACGACAGGACUGACAGACUCUAUUUAUCCUCUCGCUUUUACCACCAGAACAUCUCCAUCAUCUCAGAGGCUGCCAGCUCAGGUAUCUCUCUGCAGGCUGACCGGCGAGUGAAGAACCAGCGGCGGAGAGUUCACAUGACGCUGGAGCUGCCGUGGAGCGCAGACAGAGCUAUACAGCAGUUCGGUCAGUCGAUAAUUAACCCUCCGUUUUUUUUUUUAAAUAUACCAGAGAGAGGUUGUACUUCCUCAUGUUUUAACCGUCAUACUGCUGUUUAGAACAUCCUAAACAUUUUUUUUCUCUGUUUGUUUUGGUCACAGGGAGAACUCACAGGUCGAACCAGGUCACAGCUCCGGAGUAUGUUUUCCUCAUUUCAGAGCUCGCAGGAGAACAGAGAUUUGCAUCCAUUGUUGCCAAAAGAUUAGAAAGCCUGGUAUGGAGCUUUUCAAUGUUUCAUCACCAUUUCUUUUUAAUGAUUGUUUUAAAGGCAGUUAAAAAUGUCUGAAUUAUUUAGUGUGAGUGUUGAUUUUUUUUUUUGUAACAGGGAGCUCUCACGCACGGAGACAGAAGAGCGACAGAAACUCGAGAUCUCAGCAGGUUUAAUUUUGACAAUAAGGUGAGAGCUCUGAGCUUUAUCUUGGAGGUUUUUUUAACGCUGUCCUCACUCUGCACUGUCUCAUCCACGGUUAUCUUUGCUACAGUACGGCAGGAGCGCUCUGGAAAUUGUGAUGAAGUCGAUUGUAAAGCUCGACACUCCGUUAGUGUCUCCACCUGCUGACUUUAAAGGAGAUUUCUUCAAAGGUAUUGAUCACACUUAAUUGAUUUCUGUAUAUUUAUCCUUUUAUUUUCUGAGUAACAACUUGUACUUGUCCUCUGCAGAAAUACAGAGUGGAUUAAUAGGUGUGGGCCUCAUAAAUAUCGAGGACAGAUCUGGCACAUUGUCCCUGGACAAAGGUGAUUUGAAACAGUUUCAUAUCUUUGCUGUUAUUCUCUCUUUUUUUCACUCUCAUAAUGUUCACAUGAAUCUAACGCACAAACUCUGUUGCUGUGACAGACUACAACAACAUUGGCAAGUUCCUGAACCGCAUUUUGGGCAUGGAGGUCCAGCAGCAGAACGCCCUGUUCCAGUACUUCUCUGACACAUUGGGGGCAGUGAUUCAGGAAGCCAAGAAGAACGGCAGAUACGACAUGGGCAUUCUGGGUAAGAUAACCACUGUUCGACGUUUUCAGGAACAAACACAGCAGCCAAAAAAAAAAACUGGGGCAGAAGGGGUUUUGUGUUCUGUGUAGUGAAUUAUUUAAAGCACUUUGCUCCCUGAAUAAAAAAAUCUAUUGUGUGUGAACAUGCCUGAAGGGUGGUUUUUAGUUUCUAAAUGAUUUUCUGAGAUGAUUUACUGAAGCGGUCUCUGUCCUUUCAGAUCUGGGCUCAGGGGAUGAGAAGGUGAAGAAGGUGGACUGCAGAAAGUUCCUGACACCGGGCUACACCACGUCAGGGCAUGUGGAGCUCUACACUGUAUGUACCUGAAUAUAUGGACUUCUGUGGGUGGGUGUGUGUGUGUGUGUGUGUGGAGAAAGUACCAACAUAACCUGAUCUGUCUGUUUCCAAAGGUGAGUGUGGAGAGGGGGAUGUCAUGGGAGGAAGCCACGCAUGUUUGGGCCGACCAGAACGGACCAGAUGACGGCUUCUAUGUACAGGUAAAGGCAGGGUUUUUUUUUACCUCUUUUUAAAAAAUUAUAUUUGGGCUGGAAACAGAGUGAGAGAGUUAAUUCAAACAAACGUGAGCCAACUGCUCCAGGCGUAAUCGGUUUUUAGGGCGUGUCCUUACACCAUUAGACCAACGCCCUGAGGUGUGAGCAGGUUAUAAGAGUUUUUUCACUGAAAGCUUUGGACUCGGCAGAAGUUAAGAUGUGAGGUUUCCAGAUUUAACUGUAAAAAACUAUAGACUGUAUAUACUAUGGACAACUUGGUUCCGCCUUCAGCCAGUAUACAGAUUUAUAGCUGAAAAGUUCUCUGUAGUUCCGUGUUUUUUCUCCACUUCCUGAAAACAACAUUGCGCAGUAGCUUUGUACAGGACAGUCGCCGAGAGUCGCUGUGAUGACGCUCGGCUCAAAUAGCGUAUCUCCAGGGUGAGUUACGCAAUCUUCGUACGCCCAAAGGCUGUAUCAAGUGUCAAUCAUAGAGAACAUGAACCCCCUAAUAACUUUUAAAACUGAGCUUCACAGAAAAAAAGAGGACUUGAGCACAAACCAGUCUGACAGUAACUACAUGUCAACAUCACUAGCGGGGGGGAGACCAUUCUAUAUACAGUCUAUGAAAAAAAAAAUCAGGCCAUAAGCUGAGAACCUGUUUACAUGUAGGUUUAUAUUAGGGAACCAAACUUAACAUUUCCAGUAUUUAUGUGAGUGUUAGUUGGGGUGGUGAUUGUCCUGCUUUGUCUGAUGCCAGUCAUGUCUCCUGAGAAAUGAAAGUUUAUUUUCCUUUUUGUUGGAGGAUCAUUUCUAGAGAUAUAUUGGAUCAAUUAUUUUAUUAGUAUUAGAUUAAUCUUCCUCUGUGCUUUUAUCAUUGCAAACUUUGCAAUGAAGCAAACAGCGCCUUCACCAAAUUGAAGUAUCUUUAAAAGAUGGAUUUUGCUGUUAUGAUGCAGCCGAGCCGAAGUUUUCCAGCAUGUUCAUAAGAGUUCAAAGACAUUCAGUUGUGAUUUAUUACACAUCGAAUUGGUGAAGUUGUUGCACCUCAGUGGAUGUGAGCAGAGUGGAGCAAUGAGGAUUUCCUCUCUUUGCUUAUGGAGCUCGUCGCUCUCUUAAAAGCCCCUUUAAGGCCUCUCCGUCCAGUCCUGCUCUGCACUGAACUCAGAUUUCACUUUGCUCCUUUCACAUCACUCACUGGUUACUUCAUCCUAAGCUGCAUUGUGUUUUAGUUUCUGCAAAGAAACUAAAACAGAGUGUGAACAUUUAAGUUUAUAACAGAGUGGACAAAGCCCCACAAUCAUUGCAAAAGAAGACGUUACACAACAGUUUGCAGGCUCAGUAGCACUCUGCCUGGGUUUGCUGAACAAAUCUCUACAUGUAAAGCUUUUGCAAUCCUCCUGCAGAGUUUGAUUUAUGUGUCUGUGAUUUUUUUUUUUAGAUGAGGAACAACAAGAAAACAGCCAUCUUGGUAAAAGAGGUGAACACGAAGAAGAGACUCUUCCUGGUGCACAGGCCGAAUACAGGCAGACAGCUCAAACUGGAGACGUACGCGGACAUCAAGAAGAAGUUUAAAAAGGUUAUACAACGACGUCCCUUUUAUCGUGAGUCCUGUUAGGAGGACACUGCCCGAGGGUAAAUUGUGAUUUUUUUUUUCUCUUCUUUUUUUCUGUUAGGUUUUGUCAGAAGACGCCAAGCAGCACUGGACAGAUCAGUUCAUCUCUUCUGCAAAAAUCUGCUCUCAUGCAUACUGGUACGUGCUUUUGAAAUCUGUGUAAAAAGGUUCAAUCUGGCCCAGUUCAGGAUUUUUUUCAGGACAUGAGAACAAACCCAACGAAAUGUCCUCAUGUGUGUCACAGCCUGUUACGUAACCUUCAUCUGUGCCAUAGAGCUUCAUUAUUGUCCAAAGACUCGUAUUCCUCAUACACAGAACGCUUUCAGGAAUCCAUCUCAGUUUUCUAUUUCAGGAACUUUAUAAACAGGAAGUUUAUGAUCCUUUUUUUAAGCUGAACGUCUUCACUUCAUUUUGAGAGUCACAAACAGGAAGAGAAAUCACAGAGAGCUGCUGUGCUGAUGCAAACCGAAUCCAGAUUAUUUGCCACCAUGUCCUGUUUGAAGUCUCCUUGUUUGUCUGGUUGCUCUGCCCGCAGGCGGGGAAACUGUAAGAAAGCCUCAGUGGGUCUGCAGUGUGAAGUCGGGCUCCGGUGUAGGACCUUCUACGUUCUGUGCGGCUCGGUGCUCAGCGUAUGGAAUGAGGUGGAGGGAGUACUUACCCCGGUCAGUGGAACCAACGUGAAGGUGCAGAUAGUCCGACUGAGGACUGAAGACGGACAGAGGAUAGUUGGUAAGUUAAAGUACUGAUUGAACAUGUUCAGUUUGUACCAGUAGACUUAUUUUCAGCAGGACAGUGACUCACUAAAGGAUAAGAAGUAGUCCAGUGGGACAGAAUAACAUCAGUCAAUAAGAUGCAUAAAUAAAAGUGAACCUCUGGACUAAAAACGAGUGUGAAACAUGCUAAUAAGGGCUUCCAUCAUGUGAGUAAAUAUUGCUACAGCUUCUUCAGCUCAGUGACAGCAACAGGAACAACCUGUUUUAAUUAUUUGUUCUUUAUCUUGGGACUAAAAAUCUCCAUCCAGACCUCAAAUUCAACGUUCAAACGAUGGGAGUCAUUGUUUAAAAAACAAGCCUGGUGAACAGGAGUGGCGGUGACUCACCAGUCAGCUGACUCGACUAUUUGAAUGUUUGAUUCAUGAGGGGAAAUGCACUCUCUUGAAAAAUGAUAAAAUAAUUGAUUUUUGCACCUGAAUCAUCAACAUCUCCUUUGGGAAAUAAUGUUGCAUUUAAGUUCAUUAUGGUUUCUAUCUGCAGACUCUCAAGGCGACCUCUUAAAUGAGCCGGUCUGAUCCUGUCCGCUGCCGUCUCUAAACACUGUUACCGCCUCUUUGUUGUUGGGCUGUGCUGCAUAGACUCAGACAUGUUUUACAGGACAAACCAAAGGUCCCAGUGUCCUUCCAUGUUAAACCAUCCUGCUGAUGUAUAUGAGGCACAUCUUUUACUAAAUCAAAAAUCAAUACCACUCUGAUUCCUGACGAACAGUCAGGUGGAUUCAUCCAAAUUCAUUUUUAUUCAGCUGCCUUUGUGUUUUGUAUCUUCUGUGCUGAAUCCAUAAACUGUUUCAGACUCCUGAUGUCGCUCCAUGAACUCCUUAAAUACUUAAAUUUUCAUGUUAUUAUCCCAUAAGUCUGACCCCGUCUUUUCUCCUGCAGGACUCAUCAUUCCAGCCAAUUGUGUGUCUCCAUUAAUCAACAAGCUGUCGACGUCAGACCAGUCCCAGCAGCUCGCCGUGCAGGAGCAGCAGAAACGCCAGCAGCUCCACCCCCAAAGUCUCUGUCACGCACCCAACACAUAGUCCCAGGUGGACCAAGCCCAUCUCCAAGCCCUCGAGUCCAAGCCCCAGUCCAAAGGGACCUGGCUCAUCAGUCUCUGUCCCUGCACUGCAGGCUCCAGGACCGCUGUCCCAUGUUUUGCACCCUCAUGUCCCCCUUGUGUCUCUGAGGGCCUGAGCUGUCCCACCGUGCUGUGGAGACUCUCAGAUGUGAAGCAGUGGUUUGUACAGAGAAAAGAUUUCAGGGUUUUUCUUCCUUUUUUUAUUUUUAAAUCUCCAGAGACUCUGUUUUUUCACCUCGAGAGAUUUGACGGGUGAUGAUCUGUCCUCUGACAUUCAGAGUGAAACGUUUGUGAUAUAUUGAUGGAGUUGAACUGGGAGGGCAUGUUGGCCUGUGGCUGUUGAUUCAUCCACUCCUCCUCCUCUGCUUUAAACUAUUUAGUUCGGACUAACUGGUAUGAAGCAAAGACUUUUUUUCUUGGCUCACAAGAAAGUCAGAGAGCUACCUUAGUUCAUUCAAAAGUGGGCAUUUAAUGCUUAACUACAAUCUUGUAAUGAUAUGUGUGACUCCUCAGACAUUCAGCACUAACAUUGUAGAAGAGUUUAUUUUGUUCAAAUAAAAACCUACAGAAAGAAGUCCAAGUAUCUACAGGGAAUCCAAGUCUUUGUAGUCCUCGUAUCAGCACGCAAGACAAAUGUCAUUUCAGGAAUCUCAGUCCAACCUCAGUCUGAUCUGGUUUUGUUUUUUCCUUGGUGGGUUUUAUUCAACAGAUUGAUUCAGCUUGUCGUUUCAUAGUCAAAGGGGCCAAAGAUACAGAAGCUGGAGGAGACGUCAUACCAGUUCUUACAGGUUUAUAAUUUUGAUCCAUAAAAAAGGGAGAUUUAUAAACCUGAAACAAGAAAAUCAACCUGUCAUUGCAAGAAAACAAAAAGGGUGGCUUCUGUUUCUUUUUAAAGAUAGGGAGUUAGAUUUGCUCUGUUAGGAGGUAGAGCGGUCAUCCAAUAACUAGAAGGUUGGCGGUUCGAUCCCCGCCCUAUCCCUAGUCGGUCCGUUGUGAUUUUGAAUGUUUUGUGGUGGUGGUCAGAGCGGCCGUAGGCACAAACUGGCAGCCAGUAGUAGUUUCCGUACUACUAAGUUAGUUUACCACCACCAGGAUGUGACUGUGUGAGCGAAUGAAUGAUAUGUCCAAUGUAAAGUGCUAUAAAAUCUGAUUCAUUAUAGUUAUUAUUAGUUUACCCGACUAUUAAACCAAGACUGUGAACUGAACCUUCAACAGACUGGUAUGUGCAUUUGCAUUAGUUCAAACAUCGACUGCUGUCAGACAUCUUUAACAAUCUAGAGCAAGUAAAUAUUCUCUAAAGAUUAUCUGGUUUGAACAAAGUAUAUAACUCCAUACAAAGCUCAUUCAGUAUCUGCUAAAAACAGCUUUGUGAUGCAGGUAAACCUCUGAUCUGUACCUUCACACGAGUAAAGAUGAUUGUUGUUGUGAUGGCGGUGAUAUCUUACAGGUAAAUGAGAAGAAAAAAAACGUGCAAGCAGCCAAGGAACCGUGCGAAGGCUGAUCUGUUUUUGAUUUUCUGACAGGUUUGGGAGCUCUUCUCUCUGAUCAGACGUCAGCUUUUGUUUUGUUUUGUUGCUUUUUUUUAAACUGAACACUUCUCAGGGGUUAAAGCGACACAAAGGCCCUCUUUAAAAACUCAAAAAUAAAGAAAAUCUUUCUUUUAAAAGGUCUGAAAUGAAUGAUCAUAACUCAAACUCCCCUGUCCUUCCUAACUCAGUGAUGUUACUCUGUGGUUAACCUCCGCUGUCUUGAGCCUGGUUGGAGUUAAAACAGAUGAUUCCUCCUGUCUGAAGUACCUCUUCUCCUCAGUCUUUUUCUGGGAUGUACUACAUCAACUCUUAAAAAUGACAGACCAAAAGUUCAGUGAGUGAGCUGUCCUCAGAUCUAACAUUUUAGAGACAUCCAUAACUUGUGGAUUUCUGUAUUUAAGUGUGGAUUCUCCUUCGUUUGUGAGUGGAGUGAAACCAGAGUGAAUUAGUCUUUGUAUCAUACCUGCGUUCAUUUGUACACUUUGUAAAACUGAAAUUCUUCAUGCAGCACAUCCUGACUUCACCGCACAGGUCUGCUCUCUGAUCUUCUACUUUGAAUGUCCGACAUUUUACAACCACAGCUCUGGGUUUUUAAUUUGUCAUAAUAAGGUCUCAUUGUUUUUGGACGCAGCAGCAGAUCGUCUCUCCUGAGGUUUGAACACUUGAAGGAUUUCUUUUGUUUCCCCUUCCAUCUCUGCACGAGUUGCACUACUGACAAAGAGUUGUACAAAUUCAACAGGAUCUGUAAAUGAAUGAGUGUAAUGCUCAAUAAAAAGCUUGUUAUACUUCUA